CAAAGCGACCGGUCAUCGAUACGACCGAGAGCGUAAUUGGCCGGAAUUGAAAACAAAUCAGCGAAGGGAGAGCAAAAAUGGAGGCUGCGGUGUUUAUCCUGUCACUUGUCGACUGCUGUGCACUGAUUUUUCUGUCAGUGUAUUUCAUCAUCACACUGUCUGACCUAGAAUGUGACUACAUAAACGCCAGAGCUUGCUGCUCCAAGCUCAACAAAUGGAUCAUUCCAGAAUUGGUUGGCCAGAGUCUGUCUACUGUGCUGAUGUUGGUCUCCAUGCACUGGUUCAUUUUCCUGCUCAAUCUGCCAGUAGCAGCCUGGAACAUUUACAGGUACGUGAAGGUUCCGAUGGGCAACAUGGGGGUGUUUGACCCCACCGAGAUCCACAACCGGGGCCAGCUGAAGUCCCAUAUGAAGGAAGCCAUGAUUAAACUGGGCUUCCAUCUGCUCUGCUUCUUCAUUUAUUUGUACAGCAUGAUCCUGGCUCUGAUCAAUGAUUGACCCACCCAGAAAGUUUUUUAACCCAAGUCGCCAAACUCCAAACUCUUGGGUACGCUGUUUUGAACGUCAUGUCCUGGUCCCGUAUGCACAAAACCUUUCAGAAUACAGAUGCUGAGCUAAGACGAGGAGUUUGCUGUCAUGUGGUCUUAAGUGCUGCCAAGAUACCAGAGUUUCAAGUUCAAAUGCUGAUUUCAGGAUUUGGGAAUGCCAGACAGACUAGAGAAAACACUAAGUGAUGUCCCAGAACAACCGCUGUACGCCGAUUUCUUCCUCAGUACACCUGAAGCUGGCAUGACACCUGGCAUGACACCUGGCAUGACAGCAGCUCUGUCUGAAGUCAGAGGUCAAAGAGCCGCUAGUCAUGUAAUUAUAUCCCGUGUCCUGUUUUUAUUCAGCAAAUGCAUUUUCUGUUGCAAAUUAUCACAUUUCUUUUUAAGAAAAAUAAAAAUGUUCUCCACCUCAGUUGAGCUUAUAAACUUUUAGUUGUUAUUUUGGAAUUGUAUUCAACAACUGUUUCCAUCUAGCAGUUUUUAAUUUAGAAUUAAGAAAAAGCCUUGAUGGGAAUACAAGUACAUAGCAGCUGAAAAUGUCAUAGUACAGGUUUUGAAUGCCAGAAAUGUCAUUACCCGGCCAUUAAGUUUUGAGGCAGUGGUACUGGUCAACAACCCUGUCAGUGAAAUAGUUCUAUAUUUGGCUCCUGGCACCAGUUUGGUCAGCCAGUUCCAGGUGUGGUGGCUGCUGGACAUUGUUGAAGGUAACACUGAGUGUCCCAAGAAUAAAUUCAGUCUUGAGUGUUGAAGUCAUAUUGAAAUUCUGGUUUUUGUGACAGCACUAGUUAUCAUAUAAUGGUGCAUCAGCAGUCGUGUUCUGAGAGGUUUUCUGCAUACGAGGCCUUCCAAUCGGAGCAGCAUCACACUCCACUACCGAGUCUCCAGCCAUGGUCCAGCACCCCCACCCCUCCCACAGAAAUGGACAUUGGUUCCAGUUCCCUCAAAGCUGCCCUGAUAUUUGUGUCCAUGUCUGUGUGUGUGCACUACAUACACUGCUCAGUGUGACUGGUCAGCGGCAGCAGGCCAGUGCUCCUGUUGGCAGAAGGAAUGACAAUCGCACUGACUGGAUGUGUAAACCUGCAGCACGGCUAACUCCUCCUCUGCUCUGAGCCAUUCAUCACUGUUUGUACUCGCUGUCUGUCAAGCAUGUUUCCAACCUGUCAGAUCUGAGUCACCUGUCCUUGAUCGCCAUAUAUCGGCCAAAGUCUACUGUUGCGCUGGAGGAACGUCAGGUUGCAUAUCGACCGCAGCAUGCUUGGAGUCAUUUCACUUGCAGUUCAUCUGGAAGUGGCUAGAAACAGGUUUCAAAGCAUAAGGCUGCUGUGUGUUACAUUUACAUUGUGACCUGACCCGAGUGAGCUGAUGGUUGAUUGACUCAAUCUUGCACUGUAGAUUAAAUCCACUUUUGUUUACAUUGGUCGAUAAUUGUACAGUACAGAGUAAAAUUCUCACCUCCCGUUUGCCAGAAAGCUCCUAUUUUUGAUUGGUGGAGAGGUUUCUCAGGGGAACACAUGCUUCUGCAUUCCUGCUUAUUGGUUGGUACCUGAGUAAUUGGACAGUUCAACAGUGAUUGUACAGGAUGAACCCACCAAGCCUGCGCCAGCACUGACAGAAUCCAAGUUCUCUGGCUGUGAGAGCCACAUCUGCUCAUGUCCUCUACGUAUUUCUUCAGUGGUGUGUAAAUUGGGAGGGCUGCUGAUCUUGAAAUUCAUGUCUGAUUAACACACAAGUUCGUGUCUUGAGCUGUUUUAUUUUUUUCUGUUGGGGAGUUUCAUAAAUAAAACUUAAAGUUAAGGUG